UUUUUGAACAAUACUCUAUAGCCUUAUUUCUACAAACAUUUUGAAAACAUCUAUAUUCUACAACCUUUUUUUCAAAUGCAUCUGUUUUUAAAUAAGAUAAGGUGAUUUUAUAUUAAUAGCAAGGGUACCCUUAUACUUAAUGGCAACAUUGAGCGUUGAUAACGAUGAACAAAAUUUAGGUGAUCUUCAUGCAUUAGGAAUUUUACACGUUUAUUUAGAAAAUCCAUUUUUAAAUGUCGUUGACUUUUGGAAGUUCACUCAUCGUAUUUAUAUGUAUGGUAUGGAGACACAGAAGGGCAUGGGUCAUUAUAAUAGCAUUAAAUAGAUAUUUUGGAAAUCAUUCUUUCUCGGAUAUAGAUUAAAUUUAUCUGAUUCGAGAAGUCAAAGCCGAUCGAUGCAGAGAUCACUGAGAGUACUUAGACCAAUUGUGGUGCAUGGAACGACAGUAUCACGACGGAAAAUAGCUGCUGCUUCCUUCUCAACCUCUUUGUUAUUCGAUGAAACACAAAUAAGGGUAUAUAUAUUAUUCUUUCUUUUGUUUGUGAGUUAUAAAAUGGACGACUGUGAUUAUUCUUGUAUUUAUGUAUAAGUAACCUCUAAGUCUAAGACGAUAGAUUGAUGAGUUUUACUACAGCCUGUUGCAAUCAUGACUGCAGUUCAAAGAAGGUGUUCAACAAUUUGCCCAAGAGAAGAUAGCUCCUCAUGCAGACAAAAUCGACAAGACGGAUUCUUUCCCGGAGGUUCUUAGAAAAAAAUGAUGCAUUUUUCUAUAUAUGUUUCAUAAAUACUUAUAAUAUGUUGAGUAUCAAUCAGAUCCGUUUGAUGGUGCGGAAUCCCAAUCAAACGGAUGAUGCUAGAUCAAAAUAGAAGAGAAUGAGAAGAAGAAGAUGAUGAAUCUUGUAUGUAUUUAUAUGAAUGAAAAUCCGGAUACAAGAUUCACACACAUUCUUUUUUUUCUCUCUUUAGAACACCUUCAAAUGCACUCACUUAAGCUCCUAUAUUCUAUUCUCACGUUCAUCUAUCUCUCCUUACCCACCUAACAUCUAUUUAUCUGUAAAUGGGGAUCAUGGGCCGUAAUGAUUUUACGGUCGUAAAUGGGUUUACGGCCAUAAACACCCACCUAGCCGUAAACACAUAAAAUAUUACAUAAAAAUACAAUUGCACAGAAAAUCAAAGUAUAAACCAUAGUUUUGACCAAAUAAUAUUUCCCUUGUUGGGUAUCUGAUUGUUUGAUUGUAUGAUACUUUUAUGUGUCAUGUCUAGUUGGAGUAUUGUUAGUGUUGGUUGAUUAUUGAAAGAAUGUCCUAGGGGCUGUAUGUAGUUUAAUUUAUAUAACCUUAGAACUCUUAAUCCAACCUUAUUGUUUAUUCUUGUUUGAUAAAUGCCUUAGGGAAGGAACACAUGUUCGACUGACUAUCUUAUUUUCUAACUACGCAUGACUAUACAUUGGCGAUCCUUCAAUAUUAACAGUAACUUAUGUAUAAUAGUGGGAUGAGUGAGAGUCGGUGGUUGUAUGAUGGCUGAGAGCUGGUGUCUGAGAGAUGGUAUGGGGUAUGAUGGAAGGGUGCCAAUGAUUAUAUAUGUAAUGUUGAUAUGUACGCUUGAUAGGGAUGAUGGUGGAUCGACUAUAGUGCUGAGAGCCUUGCUUGUAUGCAUUAUAUUUAUGAUAGAAUAUGUGGUAUACUUGAAAACUCACUAAGCAUUAUGCUUAUGUUGUUAAGUUAAAUAUUUUUAAGGUUGUUCAAGGGAAGAACGCGAUGUGAUUGUACAUUCGCAUCGAAGAUUUGUUGUUUUUGACUUCCGCUGGUUUAAUAAAUAAACUAUGUUUAAGCUUAUAUUUCCAAAAUAAAAGGAUAAUAUAAUAUGUUUUUAGGAAUAUACUUAAACGUUAAUCGGAUUUUAAAUGAAAAUUUUGGUUUAAAAUUUGAGACGUUGCACUUCUGCUACAACUACAAGCGUUUUUAAAAACCCAACAUAAAAUUUAAGAAAAAUAUGUCGAUUCUAAUUUUAGUUUAAUUUUUAUUUUUAAAGUAAGUGUUUCUAAUGUAAUUUUUUUGAAAGAGGUUUCUAAUGUAAUUUUGAGUUUUAGAGUAAGGUAGUUUUAAUUUUAUGUAUUUAUUUUUAUUAAGGUAAUGUUUAUUUGAUUAUUUACUGAAAAAAUUAUUUUGCUUAGAAUAUAUUGUGUUUUUUUAAAUGUUGUAUUAAAAUAAAUAAAAGAUAAAAAUAUAUAAAUAUAUGGAGUGGUGGACUGGUUGUUAUUUCAUAAUUUAGUAAGUUUAGUAGGGAUAUAAUAAUGAUGUAACGAAGAUGAUAUUGCAAUGAUAUUUUAGAACUUCUUUUUUUUGAACAAUACUCUAUAGCCUUAUUUCUACAAACAUUUUGAAAACAUCUAUAUUCUACAACCUUUUUUUCAAAUGCAUCUGUUUUUAAAUAAGAUAAGGUGAUUUUAUAUUAAUAGCAAGGGUACCCUUAUACUUAAUGGCAACAUUGAGCGUUGAUAACGAUGAACAAAAUUUAGGUGAUCUUCAUGCAUUAGGAAUUUUACACGUUUAUUUAGAAAAUCCAUUUUUAAAUGUCGUUGACUUUUGGAAGUUCACUCAUCGUAUUUAUAUGUAUGGUAUGGAGACACAGAAGGGCAUGGGUCAUUAUAAUAGCAUUAAAUAGAUAUUUUGGAAAUCAUUCUUUCUCGGAUAUAGAUUAAAUUUAUCUGAUUCGAGAAGUCAAAGCCGAUCGAUGCAGAGAUCACUGAGAGUACUUAGACCAAUUGUGGUGCAUGGAACGACAGUAUCACGACGGAAAAUAGCUGCUGCUUCCUUCUCAACCUCUUUGUUAUUCGAUGAAACACAAAUAAGGGUAUAUAUAUUAUUCUUUCUUUUGUUUGUGAGUUAUAAAAUGGACGACUGUGAUUAUUCUUGUAUUUAUGUAUAAGUAACCUCUAAGUCUAAGACGAUAGAUUGAUGAGUUUUACUACAGCCUGUUGCAAUCAUGACUGCAGUUCAAAGAAGGUGUUCAACAAUUUGCCCAAGAGAAGAUAGCUCCUCAUGCAGACAAAAUCGACAAGACGGAUUCUUUCCCGGAGGUUCUUAGAAAAAAAUGAUGCAUUUUUCUAUAUAUGUUUCAUAAAUACUUAUAAUAUGUUGAGUAUCAAUCAGAUCCGUUUGAUGGUGCGGAAUCCCAAUCAAACGGAUGAUGCUAGAUCAAAAUAGAAGAGAAUGAGAAGAAGAAGAUGAUGAAUCUUGUAUGUAUUUAUAUGAAUGAAAAUCCGGAUACAAGAUUCACACACAUUCUUUUUUUUCUCUCUUUAGAACACCUUCAAAUGCACUCACUUAAGCUCCUAUAUUCUAUUCUCACGUUCAUCUAUCUCUCCUUACCCACCUAACAUCUAUUUAUCUGUAAAUGGGGAUCAUGGGCCGUAAUGAUUUUACGGUCGUAAAUGGGUUUACGGCCAUAAACACCCACCUAGCCGUAAACACAUAAAAUAUUACAUAAAAAUACAAUUGCACAGAAAAUCAAAGUAUAAACCAUAGUUUUGACCAAAUAAUAUUUCCCUUGUUGGGUAUCUGAUUGUUUGAUUGUAUGAUACUUUUAUGUGUCAUGUCUAGUUGGAGUAUUGUUAGUGUUGGUUGAUUAUUGAAAGAAUGUCCUAGGGGCUGUAUGUAGUUUAAUUUAUAUAACCUUAGAACUCUUAAUCCAACCUUAUUGUUUAUUCUUGUUUGAUAAAUGCCUUAGGGAAGGAACACAUGUUCGACUGACUAUCUUAUUUUCUAACUACGCAUGACUAUACAUUGGCGAUCCUUCAAUAUUAACAGUAACUUAUGUAUAAUAGUGGGAUGAGUGAGAGUCGGUGGUUGUAUGAUGGCUGAGAGCUGGUGUCUGAGAGAUGGUAUGGGGUAUGAUGGAAGGGUGCCAAUGAUUAUAUAUGUAAUGUUGAUAUGUACGCUUGAUAGGGAUGAUGGUGGAUCGACUAUAGUGCUGAGAGCCUUGCUUGUAUGCAUUAUAUUUAUGAUAGAAUAUGUGGUAUACUUGAAAACUCACUAAGCAUUAUGCUUAUGUUGUUAAGUUAAAUAUUUUUAAGGUUGUUCAAGGGAAGAACGCGAUGUGAUUGUACAUUCGCAUCGAAGAUUUGUUGUUUUUGACUUCCGCUGGUUUAAUAAAUAAACUAUGUUUAAGCUUAUAUUUCCAAAAUAAAAGGAUAAUAUAAUAUGUUUUUAGGAAUAUACUUAAACGUUAAUCGGAUUUUAAAUGAAAAUUUUGGUUUAAAAUUUGAGACGUUGCACUUCUGCUACAACUACAAGCGUUUUUAAAAACCCAACAUAAAAUUUAAGAAAAAUAUGUCGAUUCUAAUUUUAGUUUAAUUUUUAUUUUUAAAGUAAGUGUUUCUAAUGUAAUUUUUUUGAAAGAGGUUUCUAAUGUAAUUUUGAGUUUUAGAGUAAGGUAGUUUUAAUUUUAUGUAUUUAUUUUUAUUAAGGUAAUGUUUAUUUGAUUAUUUACUGAAAAAAUUAUUUUGCUUAGAAUAUAUUGUGUUUUUUUAAAUGUUGUAUUAAAAUAAAUAAAAGAUAAAAAUAUAUAAAUAUAUGGAGUGGUGGACUGGUUGUUAUUUCAUAAUUUAGUAAGUUUAGUAGGGAUAUAAUAAUGAUGUAACGAAGAUGAUAUUGCAAUGAUAUUUUAGAACUUCUUUUUUUUGAACAAUACUCUAUAGCCUUAUUUCUACAAACAUUUUGAAAACAUCUAUAUUCUACAACCUUUUUUUCAAAUGCAUCUGUUUUUAAAUAAGAUAAGGUGAUUUUAUAUUAAUAGCAAGGGUACCCUUAUACUUAAUGGCAACAUUGAGCGUUGAUAACGAUGAACAAAAUUUAGGUGAUCUUCAUGCAUUAGGAAUUUUACACGUUUAUUUAGAAAAUCCAUUUUUAAAUGUCGUUGACUUUUGGAAGUUCACUCAUCGUAUUUAUAUGUAUGGUAUGGAGACACAGAAGGGCAUGGGUCAUUAUAAUAGCAUUAAAUAGAUAUUUUGGAAAUCAUUCUUUCUCGGAUAUAGAUUAAAUUUAUCUGAUUCGAGAAGUCAAAGCCGAUCGAUGCAGAGAUCACUGAGAGUACUUAGACCAAUUGUGGUGCAUGGAACGACAGUAUCACGACGGAAAAUAGCUGCUGCUUCCUUCUCAACCUCUUUGUUAUUCGAUGAAACACAAAUAAGGGUAUAUAUAUUAUUCUUUCUUUUGUUUGUGAGUUAUAAAAUGGACGACUGUGAUUAUUCUUGUAUUUAUGUAUAAGUAACCUCUAAGUCUAAGACGAUAGAUUGAUGAGUUUUACUACAGCCUGUUGCAAUCAUGACUGCAGUUCAAAGAAGGUGUUCAACAAUUUGCCCAAGAGAAGAUAGCUCCUCAUGCAGACAAAAUCGACAAGACGGAUUCUUUCCCGGAGGUUCUUAGAAAAAAAUGAUGCAUUUUUCUAUAUAUGUUUCAUAAAUACUUAUAAUAUGUUGAGUAUCAAUCAGAUCCGUUUGAUGGUGCGGAAUCCCAAUCAAACGGAUGAUGCUAGAUCAAAAUAGAAGAGAAUGAGAAGAAGAAGAUGAUGAAUCUUGUAUGUAUUUAUAUGAAUGAAAAUCCGGAUACAAGAUUCACACACAUUCUUUUUUUUCUCUCUUUAGAACACCUUCAAAUGCACUCACUUAAGCUCCUAUAUUCUAUUCUCACGUUCAUCUAUCUCUCCUUACCCACCUAACAUCUAUUUAUCUGUAAAUGGGGAUCAUGGGCCGUAAUGAUUUUACGGUCGUAAAUGGGUUUACGGCCAUAAACACCCACCUAGCCGUAAACACAUAAAAUAUUACAUAAAAAUACAAUUGCACAGAAAAUCAAAGUAUAAACCAUAGUUUUGACCAAAUAAUAUUUCCCUUGUUGGGUAUCUGAUUGUUUGAUUGUAUGAUACUUUUAUGUGUCAUGUCUAGUUGGAGUAUUGUUAGUGUUGGUUGAUUAUUGAAAGAAUGUCCUAGGGGCUGUAUGUAGUUUAAUUUAUAUAACCUUAGAACUCUUAAUCCAACCUUAUUGUUUAUUCUUGUUUGAUAAAUGCCUUAGGGAAGGAACACAUGUUCGACUGACUAUCUUAUUUUCUAACUACGCAUGACUAUACAUUGGCGAUCCUUCAAUAUUAACAGUAACUUAUGUAUAAUAGUGGGAUGAGUGAGAGUCGGUGGUUGUAUGAUGGCUGAGAGCUGGUGUCUGAGAGAUGGUAUGGGGUAUGAUGGAAGGGUGCCAAUGAUUAUAUAUGUAAUGUUGAUAUGUACGCUUGAUAGGGAUGAUGGUGGAUCGACUAUAGUGCUGAGAGCCUUGCUUGUAUGCAUUAUAUUUAUGAUAGAAUAUGUGGUAUACUUGAAAACUCACUAAGCAUUAUGCUUAUGUUGUUAAGUUAAAUAUUUUUAAGGUUGUUCAAGGGAAGAACGCGAUGUGAUUGUACAUUCGCAUCGAAGAUUUGUUGUUUUUGACUUCCGCUGGUUUAAUAAAUAAACUAUGUUUAAGCUUAUAUUUCCAAAAUAAAAGGAUAAUAUAAUAUGUUUUUAGGAAUAUACUUAAACGUUAAUCGGAUUUUAAAUGAAAAUUUUGGUUUAAAAUUUGAGACGUUGCACUUCUGCUACAACUACAAGCGUUUUUAAAAACCCAACAUAAAAUUUAAGAAAAAUAUGUCGAUUCUAAUUUUAGUUUAAUUUUUAUUUUUAAAGUAAGUGUUUCUAAUGUAAUUUUUUUGAAAGAGGUUUCUAAUGUAAUUUUGAGUUUUAGAGUAAGGUAGUUUUAAUUUUAUGUAUUUAUUUUUAUUAAGGUAAUGUUUAUUUGAUUAUUUACUGAAAAAAUUAUUUUGCUUAGAAUAUAUUGUGUUUUUUUAAAUGUUGUAUUAAAAUAAAUAAAAGAUAAAAAUAUAUAAAUAUAUGGAGUGGUGGACUGGUUGUUAUUUCAUAAUUUAGUAAGUUUAGUAGGGAUAUAAUAAUGAUGUAACGAAGAUGAUAUUGCAAUGAUAUUUUAGAACUUCUUUUUUUUGAACAAUACUCUAUAGCCUUAUUUCUACAAACAUUUUGAAAACAUCUAUAUUCUACAACCUUUUUUUCAAAUGCAUCUGUUUUUAAAUAAGAUAAGGUGAUUUUAUAUUAAUAGCAAGGGUACCCUUAUACUUAAUGGCAACAUUGAGCGUUGAUAACGAUGAACAAAAUUUAGGUGAUCUUCAUGCAUUAGGAAUUUUACACGUUUAUUUAGAAAAUCCAUUUUUAAAUGUCGUUGACUUUUGGAAGUUCACUCAUCGUAUUUAUAUGUAUGGUAUGGAGACACAGAAGGGCAUGGGUCAUUAUAAUAGCAUUAAAUAGAUAUUUUGGAAAUCAUUCUUUCUCGGAUAUAGAUUAAAUUUAUCUGAUUCGAGAAGUCAAAGCCGAUCGAUGCAGAGAUCACUGAGAGUACUUAGACCAAUUGUGGUGCAUGGAACGACAGUAUCACGACGGAAAAUAGCUGCUGCUUCCUUCUCAACCUCUUUGUUAUUCGAUGAAACACAAAUAAGGGUAUAUAUAUUAUUCUUUCUUUUGUUUGUGAGUUAUAAAAUGGACGACUGUGAUUAUUCUUGUAUUUAUGUAUAAGUAACCUCUAAGUCUAAGACGAUAGAUUGAUGAGUUUUACUACAGCCUGUUGCAAUCAUGACUGCAGUUCAAAGAAGGUGUUCAACAAUUUGCCCAAGAGAAGAUAGCUCCUCAUGCAGACAAAAUCGACAAGACGGAUUCUUUCCCGGAGGUUCUUAGAAAAAAAUGAUGCAUUUUUCUAUAUAUGUUUCAUAAAUACUUAUAAUAUGUUGAGUAUCAAUCAGAUCCGUUUGAUGGUGCGGAAUCCCAAUCAAACGGAUGAUGCUAGAUCAAAAUAGAAGAGAAUGAGAAGAAGAAGAUGAUGAAUCUUGUAUGUAUUUAUAUGAAUGAAAAUCCGGAUACAAGAUUCACACACAUUCUUUUUUUUCUCUCUUUAGAACACCUUCAAAUGCACUCACUUAAGCUCCUAUAUUCUAUUCUCACGUUCAUCUAUCUCUCCUUACCCACCUAACAUCUAUUUAUCUGUAAAUGGGGAUCAUGGGCCGUAAUGAUUUUACGGUCGUAAAUGGGUUUACGGCCAUAAACACCCACCUAGCCGUAAACACAUAAAAUAUUACAUAAAAAUACAAUUGCACAGAAAAUCAAAGUAUAAACCAUAGUUUUGACCAAAUAAUAUUUCCCUUGUUGGGUAUCUGAUUGUUUGAUUGUAUGAUACUUUUAUGUGUCAUGUCUAGUUGGAGUAUUGUUAGUGUUGGUUGAUUAUUGAAAGAAUGUCCUAGGGGCUGUAUGUAGUUUAAUUUAUAUAACCUUAGAACUCUUAAUCCAACCUUAUUGUUUAUUCUUGUUUGAUAAAUGCCUUAGGGAAGGAACACAUGUUCGACUGACUAUCUUAUUUUCUAACUACGCAUGACUAUACAUUGGCGAUCCUUCAAUAUUAACAGUAACUUAUGUAUAAUAGUGGGAUGAGUGAGAGUCGGUGGUUGUAUGAUGGCUGAGAGCUGGUGUCUGAGAGAUGGUAUGGGGUAUGAUGGAAGGGUGCCAAUGAUUAUAUAUGUAAUGUUGAUAUGUACGCUUGAUAGGGAUGAUGGUGGAUCGACUAUAGUGCUGAGAGCCUUGCUUGUAUGCAUUAUAUUUAUGAUAGAAUAUGUGGUAUACUUGAAAACUCACUAAGCAUUAUGCUUAUGUUGUUAAGUUAAAUAUUUUUAAGGUUGUUCAAGGGAAGAACGCGAUGUGAUUGUACAUUCGCAUCGAAGAUUUGUUGUUUUUGACUUCCGCUGGUUUAAUAAAUAAACUAUGUUUAAGCUUAUAUUUCCAAAAUAAAAGGAUAAUAUAAUAUGUUUUUAGGAAUAUACUUAAACGUUAAUCGGAUUUUAAAUGAAAAUUUUGGUUUAAAAUUUGAGACGUUGCACUUCUGCUACAACUACAAGCGUUUUUAAAAACCCAACAUAAAAUUUAAGAAAAAUAUGUCGAUUCUAAUUUUAGUUUAAUUUUUAUUUUUAAAGUAAGUGUUUCUAAUGUAAUUUUUUUGAAAGAGGUUUCUAAUGUAAUUUUGAGUUUUAGAGUAAGGUAGUUUUAAUUUUAUGUAUUUAUUUUUAUUAAGGUAAUGUUUAUUUGAUUAUUUACUGAAAAAAUUAUUUUGCUUAGAAUAUAUUGUGUUUUUUUAAAUGUUGUAUUAAAAUAAAUAAAAGAUAAAAAUAUAUAAAUAUAUGGAGUGGUGGACUGGUUGUUAUUUCAUAAUUUAGUAAGUUUAGUAGGGAUAUAAUAAUGAUGUAACGAAGAUGAUAUUGCAAUGAUAUUUUAGAACUUCUUUUUUUUGAACAAUACUCUAUAGCCUUAUUUCUACAAACAUUUUGAAAACAUCUAUAUUCUACAACCUUUUUUUCAAAUGCAUCUGUUUUUAAAUAAGAUAAGGUGAUUUUAUAUUAAUAGCAAGGGUACCCUUAUACUUAAUGGCAACAUUGAGCGUUGAUAACGAUGAACAAAAUUUAGGUGAUCUUCAUGCAUUAGGAAUUUUACACGUUUAUUUAGAAAAUCCAUUUUUAAAUGUCGUUGACUUUUGGAAGUUCACUCAUCGUAUUUAUAUGUAUGGUAUGGAGACACAGAAGGGCAUGGGUCAUUAUAAUAGCAUUAAAUAGAUAUUUUGGAAAUCAUUCUUUCUCGGAUAUAGAUUAAAUUUAUCUGAUUCGAGAAGUCAAAGCCGAUCGAUGCAGAGAUCACUGAGAGUACUUAGACCAAUUGUGGUGCAUGGAACGACAGUAUCACGACGGAAAAUAGCUGCUGCUUCCUUCUCAACCUCUUUGUUAUUCGAUGAAACACAAAUAAGGGUAUAUAUAUUAUUCUUUCUUUUGUUUGUGAGUUAUAAAAUGGACGACUGUGAUUAUUCUUGUAUUUAUGUAUAAGUAACCUCUAAGUCUAAGACGAUAGAUUGAUGAGUUUUACUACAGCCUGUUGCAAUCAUGACUGCAGUUCAAAGAAGGUGUUCAACAAUUUGCCCAAGAGAAGAUAGCUCCUCAUGCAGACAAAAUCGACAAGACGGAUUCUUUCCCGGAGGUUCUUAGAAAAAAAUGAUGCAUUUUUCUAUAUAUGUUUCAUAAAUACUUAUAAUAUGUUGAGUAUCAAUCAGAUCCGUUUGAUGGUGCGGAAUCCCAAUCAAACGGAUGAUGCUAGAUCAAAAUAGAAGAGAAUGAGAAGAAGAAGAUGAUGAAUCUUGUAUGUAUUUAUAUGAAUGAAAAUCCGGAUACAAGAUUCACACACAUUCUUUUUUUUCUCUCUUUAGAACACCUUCAAAUGCACUCACUUAAGCUCCUAUAUUCUAUUCUCACGUUCAUCUAUCUCUCCUUACCCACCUAACAUCUAUUUAUCUGUAAAUGGGGAUCAUGGGCCGUAAUGAUUUUACGGUCGUAAAUGGGUUUACGGCCAUAAACACCCACCUAGCCGUAAACACAUAAAAUAUUACAUAAAAAUACAAUUGCACAGAAAAUCAAAGUAUAAACCAUAGUUUUGACCAAAUAAUAUUUCCCUUGUUGGGUAUCUGAUUGUUUGAUUGUAUGAUACUUUUAUGUGUCAUGUCUAGUUGGAGUAUUGUUAGUGUUGGUUGAUUAUUGAAAGAAUGUCCUAGGGGCUGUAUGUAGUUUAAUUUAUAUAACCUUAGAACUCUUAAUCCAACCUUAUUGUUUAUUCUUGUUUGAUAAAUGCCUUAGGGAAGGAACACAUGUUCGACUGACUAUCUUAUUUUCUAACUACGCAUGACUAUACAUUGGCGAUCCUUCAAUAUUAACAGUAACUUAUGUAUAAUAGUGGGAUGAGUGAGAGUCGGUGGUUGUAUGAUGGCUGAGAGCUGGUGUCUGAGAGAUGGUAUGGGGUAUGAUGGAAGGGUGCCAAUGAUUAUAUAUGUAAUGUUGAUAUGUACGCUUGAUAGGGAUGAUGGUGGAUCGACUAUAGUGCUGAGAGCCUUGCUUGUAUGCAUUAUAUUUAUGAUAGAAUAUGUGGUAUACUUGAAAACUCACUAAGCAUUAUGCUUAUGUUGUUAAGUUAAAUAUUUUUAAGGUUGUUCAAGGGAAGAACGCGAUGUGAUUGUACAUUCGCAUCGAAGAUUUGUUGUUUUUGACUUCCGCUGGUUUAAUAAAUAAACUAUGUUUAAGCUUAUAUUUCCAAAAUAAAAGGAUAAUAUAAUAUGUUUUUAGGAAUAUACUUAAACGUUAAUCGGAUUUUAAAUGAAAAUUUUGGUUUAAAAUUUGAGACGUUGCACUUCUGCUACAACUACAAGCGUUUUUAAAAACCCAACAUAAAAUUUAAGAAAAAUAUGUCGAUUCUAAUUUUAGUUUAAUUUUUAUUUUUAAAGUAAGUGUUUCUAAUGUAAUUUUUUUGAAAGAGGUUUCUAAUGUAAUUUUGAGUUUUAGAGUAAGGUAGUUUUAAUUUUAUGUAUUUAUUUUUAUUAAGGUAAUGUUUAUUUGAUUAUUUACUGAAAAAAUUAUUUUGCUUAGAAUAUAUUGUGUUUUUUUAAAUGUUGUAUUAAAAUAAAUAAAAGAUAAAAAUAUAUAAAUAUAUGGAGUGGUGGACUGGUUGUUAUUUCAUAAUUUAGUAAGUUUAGUAGGGAUAUAAUAAUGAUGUAACGAAGAUGAUAUUGCAAUGAUAUUUUAGAACUUCUUUUUUUUGAACAAUACUCUAUAGCCUUAUUUCUACAAACAUUUUGAAAACAUCUAUAUUCUACAACCUUUUUUUCAAAUGCAUCUGUUUUUAAAUAAGAUAAGGUGAUUUUAUAUUAAUAGCAAGGGUACCCUUAUACUUAAUGGCAACAUUGAGCGUUGAUAACGAUGAACAAAAUUUAGGUGAUCUUCAUGCAUUAGGAAUUUUACACGUUUAUUUAGAAAAUCCAUUUUUAAAUGUCGUUGACUUUUGGAAGUUCACUCAUCGUAUUUAUAUGUAUGGUAUGGAGACACAGAAGGGCAUGGGUCAUUAUAAUAGCAUUAAAUAGAUAUUUUGGAAAUCAUUCUUUCUCGGAUAUAGAUUAAAUUUAUCUGAUUCGAGAAGUCAAAGCCGAUCGAUGCAGAGAUCACUGAGAGUACUUAGACCAAUUGUGGUGCAUGGAACGACAGUAUCACGACGGAAAAUAGCUGCUGCUUCCUUCUCAACCUCUUUGUUAUUCGAUGAAACACAAAUAAGGGUAUAUAUAUUAUUCUUUCUUUUGUUUGUGAGUUAUAAAAUGGACGACUGUGAUUAUUCUUGUAUUUAUGUAUAAGUAACCUCUAAGUCUAAGACGAUAGAUUGAUGAGUUUUACUACAGCCUGUUGCAAUCAUGACUGCAGUUCAAAGAAGGUGUUCAACAAUUUGCCCAAGAGAAGAUAGCUCCUCAUGCAGACAAAAUCGACAAGACGGAUUCUUUCCCGGAGGUUCUUAGAAAAAAAUGAUGCAUUUUUCUAUAUAUGUUUCAUAAAUACUUAUAAUAUGUUGAGUAUCAAUCAGAUCCGUUUGAUGGUGCGGAAUCCCAAUCAAACGGAUGAUGCUAGAUCAAAAUAGAAGAGAAUGAGAAGAAGAAGAUGAUGAAUCUUGUAUGUAUUUAUAUGAAUGAAAAUCCGGAUACAAGAUUCACACACAUUCUUUUUUUUCUCUCUUUAGAACACCUUCAAAUGCACUCACUUAAGCUCCUAUAUUCUAUUCUCACGUUCAUCUAUCUCUCCUUACCCACCUAACAUCUAUUUAUCUGUAAAUGGGGAUCAUGGGCCGUAAUGAUUUUACGGUCGUAAAUGGGUUUACGGCCAUAAACAUCCACCUAGCCGUAAACACAUAAAAUAUUACAUAAAAAUACAAUUGCACAGAAAAUCAAAGUAUAAACCAUAGUUUUGACCAAAUAAUAUUUCCCUUGUUGGGUAUCUGAUUGUUUGAUUGUAUGAUACUUUUAUGUGUCAUGUCUAGUUGGAGUAUUGUUAGUGUUGGUUGAUUAUUGAAAGAAUGUCCUAGGGGCUGUAUGUAGUUUAAUUUAUAUAACCUUAGAACUCUUAAUCCAACCUUAUUGUUUAUUCUUGUUUGAUAAAUGCCUUAGGGAAGGAACACAUGUUCGACUGACUAUCUUAUUUUCUAACUACGCAUGACUAUACAUUGGCGAUCCUUCAAUAUUAACAGUAACUUAUGUAUAAUUGUGGGAUGAGUGAGAGUCGGUGGUUGUAUGAUGGCUGAGAGCUGGUGUCUGAGAGAUGGUAUGGGGUAUGAUGGAAGGGUGCCAAUGAUUAUAUAUGUAAUGUUGAUAUGUACGCUUGAUAGGGAUGAUGGUGGAUCGACUAUAGUGCUGAGAGCCUUGCUUGUAUGCAUUAUAUUUAUGAUAGAAUAUGUGGUAUACUUGAAAACUCACUAAGCAUUAUGCUUAUGUUGUUAAGUUAAAUAUUUUUAAGGUUGUUCAAGGGAAGAACGCGAUGUGAUUGUACAUUCGCAUCGAAGAUUUGUUGUUUUUGACUUCCGCUGGUUUAAUAAAUAAACUAUGUUUAAGCUUAUAUUUCCAAAAUAAAAGGAUAAUAUAAUAUGUUUUUAGGAAUAUACUUAAACGUUAAUCGGAUUUUAAAUGAAAAUUUUGGUUUAAAAUUUGAGACGUUGCACUUCUGCUACAACUACAAGCGUUUUUAAAAACCCAACAUAAAAUUUAAGAAAAAUAUGUCGAUUCUAAUUUUAGUUUAAUUUUUAUUUUUAAAGUAAGUGUUUCUAAUGUAAUUUUUUUGAAAGAGGUUUCUAAUGUAAUUUUGAGUUUUAGAGUAAGGUAGUUUUAAUUUUAUGUAUUUAUUUUUAUUAAGGUAAUGUUUAUUUGAUUAUUUACUGAAAAAAUUAUUUUGCUUAGAAUAUAUUGUGUUUUUUUAAAUGUUGUAUUAAAAUAAAUAAAAGAUAAAAAUAUAUAAAUAUAUGGAGUGGUGGACUGGUUGUUAUUUCAUAAUUUAGUAAGUUUAGUAGGGAUAUAAUAAUGAUGUAACGAAGAUGAUAUUGCAAUGAUAUUUUAGAACUUCUUUUUUUUGAACAAUACUCUAUAGCCUUAUUUCUACAAACAUUUUGAAAACAUCUAUAUUCUACAACCUUUUUUUCAAAUGCAUCUGUUUUUAAAUAAGAUAAGGUGAUUUUAUAUUAAUAGCAAGGGUACCCUUAUACUUAAUGGCAACAUUGAGCGUUGAUAACGAUGAACAAAAUUUAGGUGAUCUUCAUGCAUUAGGAAUUUUACACGUUUAUUUAGAAAAUCCAUUUUUAAAUGUCGUUGACUUUUGGAAGUUCACUCAUCGUAUUUAUAUGUAUGGUAUGGAGACACAGAAGGGCAUGGGUCAUUAUAAUAGCAUUAAAUAGAUAUUUUGGAAAUCAUUCUUUCUCGGAUAUAGAUUAAAUUUAUCUGAUUCGAGAAGUCAAAGCCGAUCGAUGCAGAGAUCACUGAGAGUACUUAGACCAAUUGUGGUGCAUGGAACGACAGUAUCACGACGGAAAAUAGCUGCUGCUUCCUUCUCAACCUCUUUGUUAUUCGAUGAAACACAAAUAAGGUUCAAAGAAGGUGUUCAACAAUUUGCCCAAGAGAAGAUAGCUCCUCAUGCAGACAAAAUCGACAAGACGGAUUCUUUCCCGGAGGAUGUUGACUUAUGGAAAGCUAUGGGAGACUUUGAUCUUCAUGGACUUACUGCUCCAGCGGAAUAUGGAGGACUCGACGUAGGUUAUUUGUAUCAUUGUUUGGCCACGGAGGAGAUUAGCCGUGCAUCAGCGUCAGUUGGGUUUUCGUAUGUUUGUCAUUCUAACGUUUGCAUUAAUCAAUUGGUGAGGCAUGGAAAUGUUGCCCAGAAGGAAAGAUAUUUGCCCAAGCUAAUUAGCGGGGAGCAUGUAGGAGCUCUUUCUAUGAGUGAACCAAAUGCUGGCUCAGAUCCUGUUGGGAUGAAAUGUAAAGCUGAACGUGUUGAUGGUGGUUAUGUUUUAAAUGGGAACAAGAUGUGGUGCAGCAAUGGCGGAAUUGCCGACACCCUGGUGGUUUACGCAAAAACAGAUGUCUCUGCUGGGUCAAAAGGGAUAACAGCGUUUAUCGUUGAAAAAGGAACGCCUGGAUUCAUUGCUGCCCAAAAAUUAGAUAAACUUGGAAUGCGUGGAAGUCCUACAUACGAGCUUGUUUUUGAAAAUUGCUUUGUUCCUACAGAGAAUAUACUUGGUGAAAUAGGAAAAGGAGUUUACAUCAUGAUGUCCGGAUUAGAUUUAGAGAGAAUCGUAUUCGCAGCUGGACCUAUCGGGAUCAUGCAAGCAUGUCUUGAUAUUGUUCUUCCAUAUGUCCGCCAACGUGAACAAUUCGGACGCCCCAUUGGGCAGUUUCAACUUAUGGAGGGGAAGAUUGCGGACAUGUAUGUUGCUUUGCAGUCUUCAAGAUCAUAUGUAUAUUCUGUUGCAACGGAUUGUGACAAUGGAAAAAUCAUUACAAAGGAUUGUGCUGGGGCGAUACUUGUUGCUGCUGAAAGAGCCACGCAAGUUGCUUUACAGGCGAUUCAAUGUCUGGGUGGGAAUGGGUAUAUGAAUGAGUACCCUACCGGCCGAUUUCUUCGUGAUGCCAAAUUAUAUGAGAUUGCUGCCGGAACUAGUGAGAUCAGAAGAAUGCUUAUAGGCCGCCAACUCUUUAGAGAACAAUGAUAUUUUCAUAAAUAUCAUCACUGAAUAUUAAAUUCAAACACUUUACAUUUUAAUAAAAACUAUUUGGGUUUUACAAGUUUUGUAAUUUCAUAAUUUGGUUGAUAUAAACAUGGCCGAAUUCCAUUAU